AUGCCGAUGCGCUCGCGCAAUGAAGCUGCACGUGGCAUCCUUGCCACGUACCGGGAUGCCUUUUCGCCCGAGAUCAACGCCUUUGUUCAGCGCUACGAGGCUCUCGUUGCAAGCAGCCAUGCCGCGCGGCAGCAAGCGUUGGCCCCCGCACAAGCGUGGUGUACAAUGCUGCUGCAUCUCCUUACCGACUAUGUCCUUUUGCAAGCCGACUCGGGGCGCGCCGACAUGCGGGUGUCCGUUCUACAAGUGCUACAAGAGGGCUGGGACGUGCUCGAAGAUGCGAUUUCGCGCCUUAAGCACGACACGUGGACACUCGAACACGCGAAAACGACGCUUCUCAGCGAGCUUUCUGCUUGUCUUUGCGCCGACAUGGCCGACGCAAGUGCGCUCCAAACCACCCAUUUCAAGGACAUUCUGGAAGACGCCAGCCAACUACGAGUGCUUCGAAGUGCCGACGACCCAACACGGCGGCUUGUGCCGAAACAGGCGCUGGCGGGACCGUGGGGCCUUGUUGUUACCAUCGGUCCGUUCUCAGCGACCUCUGUCCGCGCCCUCGCGACACAGAUUCGAUCGCAGGUGACAAGCGCUCUUCAGAUGCAUGCCAAGAGCGUUCUCCACGCAGCUUUGCUGGACGUCAACGCCAUGUCGAACGUGCUCGACGGCGUCUCGAGGCCGCAGCGCUCGCCCUUGGCGUCGCUCUACAACAUGAUGUUUGUGUCGCUCCCGGCGACAAAACACUGUUUUUGGAUGGACUUUUUCGGUAUUUCGAUUGCGCGCGGCGUCGCGUACUACAAGUGGCUCGGUGUCGCGACACUGGUGUGCGUUGUAGUCCACACGGCGCUGUACGUCUAA